GUGACCUCAUCAGAAGCUCGCGCAUUCUCAAGUUGACAUGGCGGGGACAACAUCAGUUUCCGAGCAAACACCCAAAUCCUCGCCACCACCAGCGUUUGUGCCAUUUGACUUCUCUCGGCCCCCGGUCAUUGAAGGCUUCAACCCUUUGCCGAGAGCCAAAGAUGAGACCUUUAAAGAGAAGUUUCUUAGAAAAACAAAGGAGAACCCAUUCGUCCCAAUAGGUUGUUUGGGAACAGCAGGAGCGCUGAUUUAUGGUCUCCGUGCCUUCAAUCAAGGGAAAACCAGACAGUCCCAGAUGUUGAUGAGGGGACGUAUCUUUGCUCAAGGCUUCACUGUAUUUGCCAUUAUUGUCGGUGUCUUUACCACCGUGAAAACCAAGCAAUGAAGACGGAGCGAUCACACACCUCUGCACCUGCCCAUUCAACUCACGACCAGACCAGAUCCAACCUGGGAUUGGACUGAUAUUUACUACGUGAAUGAACUGAAUAAUGCAUUAUGUUUCCAACAUUGUUCCGAUGCCAACACUAUUUAUUGUUGUUCAAACGUGAAGUGUUCAUGGUGAUAAAACAUUUAGCUUCAGGCUAAUCAGCACUAUGGAAGAACAAAAUAGAAUCAGCUCCUUACCAGACCAGGUAAGGAGCUGGAUUUGACUUUAAUUGUGCAACAACAGCAUUUGAGUGAGAUGCUGAUAAAUAUAAAUGAUAUGCUUCUUGCUUUUCUGGAAGGUUUUGAUUUCAAAUGUUCCCAGGUAGUGUUACUGAAAUGAUGAACAUGACACCUGGCUGAUUAAAAAAUGUAAUCUGAA